AUGAAAACUCUGCCGCUGUUUGUGUGCAUCUGUGCACUGAGUGCUUGCUUCUCAUUCAGUGAAGGUCAAGAAAGGGAUCACGAACUACGUCACAGAAGGCAUCAUUACCAAUCACCCCAAUCUCACUUUGAAUUACCACAUCAUCCUGGACUGCUGGUUCACCAGAAGCCGCUCAUUAAAAAGUCCUAUAAAUGUCUACACAAACGCUGUAGGCCUAAGCUUCCACCUUCACCUAAUAACUCCCACAAAUUCCCAAAUCCUCACCAGCCACCUAAACAUCCAGAUCAAAAUGGCAGUGUGGUCAACCCUACCAUAGUGGCUACAACCCAAAUUCCAUCUGUGACUUCCCCAUCAGCUUCCACCAAAAUUACUACCCUUCCAAAUGUGACUUUUCCUCCUCAGAAUGCCACCACCAUAUCUUCAAGAGAAAAUGUUAACACAAGCUCUUCUGUAGCUACAUUAACACCAGUGAAUUCCCCAGCUCCACCAGAGACCACAGCUGCCCCACCCACACCUUCUGCAACUACACCAGCUCCACCAUCUUCCCCAGCUCCACAAGACACCACAGCUGCCCCACCCACACCUUCUGCAACUACACCAGCUCCACCAUCUUCCCCAGCUCCACCAGAGACCACAGCUGCCCCACCCACACCUUCUGCAACUACACCAGCUCCACCAUCUUCCCCAGCUCCACCAGAGACCACAGCUGCCCCACCCACACCUUCUGCAACUACACCAGCUCCACCAUCUUCCCCAGCUCCACAAGAGACCACAGCUGCCCCAAUUACCACACCUAAUUCUUCCCCAACUACUCUUGCACCUGACACUUCUGAAACUUCAGCUGCACCCACACACCAAACUACUACUUCAGUCACUACUCAAACUACUACUACUAAACAACCAACUUCAGCUCCUGGCCAAAAUAAAAUUUCUCGAUUUAUUUUAUAUAUGAAGAAUCUACUAAACAGAAUUUUUGAAGACAUACUGGAGCAAUAG